AUGACCCCCUGGCUAGAGAACAAGUCCCCAGAGAAGACCAUGGCUGCUAUGCGGGGUAAAAUGGAGGACUUCAGAGACUACCGUAGACAACACAAACCCCCCAAGGUGCAGGAGAAGUGUCAGCUGGAGAUCAGCUUCAACACCCUGCAGACCAAGCUGAGGAUCUCCAACCGGCCCGCCUUCAUGCCCUCUGAGGGACGCAUGGUGUCAGUGAGUCAGACACACACACACACACACACACGCACACACACACGCACACACACACACACAUACACACACGCACACACACACACACACACGCUCACACACACACACACACGCACCCACCCACCCACACACAGAGACCUUCCUGCCCUCUGAGGGUCUUGGUGAGUAGAGGAGACCCAGAGGAAGUUCCAGGCAACACAUCCCAGAGGUCAGAGAUCUUAUUGAUUUCAUUUAUCUCAUAUUCAUGUAUUCAUGGAAAGUAUUCAGACCCAUUGAAUAUUUCCACAUUUUGUUACGUUACAGCCUUAUUCGAAAAUGGAUUAAAUGAAAUUUUUCCUCAUCAAUCUACACACAAUACCCCAAAAUGACAAAGCGAAAACAAGUUUUUAGAGAUUUUUGCUAAUUUAUUAAAAAUAAACAACAGAAAUACCUUAUUUACAUAAGUAUUCAGACCCUUUGCUAUGACACUCGAAAUUGCAUCCUGUUUCCAUUGAUCAUUCUUGAGAUGUUUCUACAACUUGAUUGGAGUCCACCUGUGGUAAAUUCAAUUGAUUGGACAUGAUUUGGAAAGGCACACACCUGUCUAUACAAGGUCCCACAGUUGAUAGUGCAUGUCAGAGCAACAACCAAGCCAUGAGGUUGAAGGAAUUGUCCAUAGAGUUCCGAGACAGGAUUGUGUUGAGGUACAGAUCUGGGGAAGGGUACCAAAACAUUUCUGCAGCAUUGAAGAUCCCCAAGAACACAGUGGCCUCCAUCAUUCUUAUAUGGAAGAAGUUUGGAACCACCAAGACUCUUCCUAGAGCUGGCCGCCCGGCCAAACUGAGCAAUCGGGGGAGAAGGGCCUUGCAAGAACCCGAUGGUCACUCUGACAGAGCUCCAGAGUUCCUCUGUGGAGAUGGGAGAACCUUCCAGAAGGACAACCAUCUCUGCAGCACUCCACCAAUCAGGCCUUUAUGGUAGAGUGGCCAGACGGAAGCCACUCCUCAGUAAAAGGCACAUGACAGCCCACUUGGAGUUUGCCAAAAGGCACCUAAAGACUCAGACCAUGAGAAACAAGAUUCUCUGGUCUGAUGAACCAAGAUUGAACUCUUUGGCCUGAAUGCCAAGCGUCACAUCUGGAGGAAACCUGGCACCAUCCCUACGGCGAAGCAUGGUGGUGGCAGCAUCAUGCUGUGGGGAUGUUUUUCAGCAGCAGGGCCUGGGACACUAGUCAGGAUCGAGGGAAAGAUGAACGGAGCAAAGUACAGAGAGAUCCUUGAUGAAAACCUGCUCCAAAGCGCUCAGGACCUCAGACUGGGGUGAAGGUUCACCUUCCAACAGGACAACGACCCUAAGCACACAGCCAAGACAACGCAGGAGUGGCUUCGGGACAAGUCUCUGAAUGUCAUUGAGUGGCCCAGCCAGAGCCCGGACUUGAACCCGUUCGAACAUCUCUGGAGAGACGUGAAAAUAACUGUGCAGCAACUCUCCCCAUCCAACCUGACAGAGCUUGAGAGGAUCUGCAGAGAAGAAUGGGAGAAACUCCCCAAAUACAUCAUACCCAAGAAGACUUGAGGCUGUAAUCGCUGCCAAAGGUGCUUCAACAAAGUACUGAGUAAAGGGUCUGAAUACUGAUGUAAAUGUAAUAUUUCAGUUUUUUAUUUUUUAUAAAUUUGCAAAAAGUUCUAAAAACCUGUUUUUGCUUUGUCAUUAUGGGGUAUUGUGUGUAGGAAAAAAAAACAAUUUAAUCCAUUUUACAAUAAGGCUGUAAAGUAACAAAAUGUGAGAAAAGUCAAGGGGUCUGAAUACUUUCCGAAUGCACUGUAUAGUUGACCCUAGCCUUGAUUAUUAGCUGAGUGAUCAACGUCCCUUGGAAGGAUGGCAUUGUGAGACUUCGUUUAUAUUAGCUGAGUGAUCAACGUCCCUUGGAAGGAUGGCAUUGUGAGACUACGUUUACCCCCCCCACAGUUUUUCACAAUGUCUGUAAUCUUUAACCCCAAAAAAAGACAGUUCCCUGGUGAAGUAUAGCCACGUCCUGUAUCUUCCAACCUCUGUGUUUCCCAGGACACCACCAUGGACAGACCUGGAGAAGGUAGAGAACGGCUAGGAGGAGGUUCUUACUGUAUUGUUAUACUGUAUCCUGUGUGUGUGUGUGUGUGUGUGUGUGUGUGUGUGUGUCUGUGUGUGUGUGUCUGGUGUGUGUGUGUGUGUGUGUGUGUGUGUGUGUGUGUGUGUGUGUGUGUGUGUGUGUGUGUGUGUGUGUGGUGUGUGUGUGUGUGUGUCUGUGUGUGUGUGCGUAGGACAUCACCAGUGCGUGGACGGGCCUGGAGCAGGCAGAGAAGGGCUAUGAGGAGUGGCUGAUGAGUGAGACCAGGAGGCUGGAGCGUCUCAACCACCUGGCUGAGAAGUUCCAGAUGAAGGCUGCUACCCACCAGGACUGGUCUGUAGGUCCGUCUGUUCUCUCUCUAUUCCAGGGGUUCUCUAACCUCUCCUUGGGACCUCCAGACGUUUUCACUAUUUAGUUGUAUUCCCUGAACUAUCUCACCUGAUUGACCUAGUGAAGGGCUUGACGAUUAAGUCGACAAGUUGAAUCAGGUGAGCUAGCUGUGGAAUAGUUAAAUACAUGGAACGGCUGGGGGUCGGUUGGGGGUCGUUUGGGGGUCGGCUGGGGGUCACAGAGAAGAGGUUUGAGAACCACUUCUCUAUUGGGGCGGCGCACAAUUGGCCCAGCGUCGUCCAGGGUAGGGGAGGGAAUGGCCGGCAGGGAUGUAGCUCAGUUGGUAGAGCAUGGCGUUUGCAACGGCAGGGUUGUGGGUUCGAUUCCCACGGGGGGCUAGUAUGAUUAUUAUUUUUAUUUUUUUAUAAAAUAAAUGUAUGCACUCACUAACUGCUCUGGAUAAGAGCGUCUGCUAAAUGACUAAAAUGUAAAUGUAUUGAAUUAGUACAAUAUUCUGUACAUGAACAUCGCUCCAGCAGUACCAUCCUGAGAUGUCCUGUGCUCAAGAUGGGAGACCAUUUCCUGAAUAAGGACAAUAAAAUAAACUGAACUGAAUUGAUCAGAUCUGUCUUUAGAAAUGCACAUAGAUUAUCUAUCAAAAUAGAUCCAUUCCUAACGGUGAUCAGUGAUUUUGAUGAUGUGUUUGUCUAGGUAAGGACAGCGUCCUGUCUCAUAAGGACUACGAGUCCUGCUCUCUGACGGAGGUGAGAGCUCUGCUCAGGAAACAUGAGGCUUUUGAGAGUGACCUGGCCGCUCACCAAGACAGAGUGGAACAGAUCGCUGCCAUCGCACAGGAGUUAAAGUAAGGGGGGGAGGGAGUGGGGGGGGUGGGGGGGUUGAGAGUGACCUGGCCACUCACCAGGACAGACUGGAACAGAUCGCUGCCAUUGCACAGGAACUCAACUAGUCCCUGCCCCACAGUUUUUCCCAGUCAGCCCACACCUAGCCCACAAUCGGUCCACAGUCACCCCACAGUCAGCCCACACCAAGCCCACAAUCGGUUCACAGUCAACCCAUAGUCAGCCCAAACCUAGCCCACAAUCGGUCCACAGUCACCCCACAGUCAGCCCAAACCUAGCCCACAAUCGGUCCACAGUCAACCCACACCAAGCACACAAUCGGUCCACAGUCACCCCACAGUCAGCCCACACCUAGCCCACAAUCGGUCCACAGUCACCCCACAGUCAGCCCACACCUAGCCCACAAUCGGUCCACAGUCACCCCACAAACCCGGGCCUACAGCUGGCCAACAGUCAGCACACAACCGGCCCAGGCUAAUGUUAUGUAGAUUGACAGGUAUUGCUGUUGUGGUUGUCAGUUCUGAGCAGGUAGUCAGUAGGAGGCUGAUUCUCUGGUCCGCUUGUCUGGACUUCUGUUGUGCUGUAUGGACUCCAUCUAGUGGCUGAAGGCAGUCUGGGCAAGGCCACUGACAGACUGUAACCUACUGGCAGACACAGAAUCCUCACUGUUGCUGCCAAAGUUCAACCACCCUAAAGGAAACAUUUGCCCCUCGUGUAAACUCUUGUAAAGUUAAAAGCACCACCAACCAGUCCAGAGGUCAGUGUGUCUUUGCAUUGAGAACAGUCCAUUGUUCUAAAUUUGGGUUUGAAUGACACUGAACAGCACCUGCCACUUUCCCUCUGCACCAGCACUGGUUGUCCUGCCUGCCUGUGUGUGUGUGUGUGUGUGUGUAUUUGUCUGUGUGUAUGUGCCUGUGUCCACCAUUGUGUGUGUGCGUAGUUGGCAGAUAGAGUUAUGAUGGGGUGAUCCUCCUCACCUCUCUCCCCAGUCUCCUGUAUAUAUUACAACCUCUCUCUAGAGGAUCUAUAUAUCUAUGAUAUGUCUCCUACUCGAUCAUACUAGUCUCUCUCGAUAUCUCUCUCUCUCUCUCUCGUCUCACUGGAACACUGUGGUCUUUCACCAUAGUUAGAUAAGGAGUUUAUCAAAAUUGGGGUGUGGUUUUGAAUUUCUUGUGGAUAGCGUAAUCGGGGAAAGAUGGGUAUAUAAAUAUGGUAAUAAAUUUGGAAUUGAUAUAUAUAAUAUAUCUAGUAGAGAUAGAGAUAGAGAGAGAUAGCAGAUGAUAGUAAGAUCUAUAUAAUAUAAGAGAUAUAUAGGUAUAUCUUGUACUAUAGUAAAGCUAUGAGUCUAGUGAUAAGCGGAGAUAUAGAGAUAUAUAAUAUAUCUAUCUAUCUCCCUAAUCUAAUAUAAUCUAUCUAUAUAACAAGUAUAAUGUUAUAUAUUAAAAUAUCUCCAACAGUCAAAUGCAUGAAAGAAAUUGAUAUAUAUAUAUUCCCCCUGCCAUUAUUGGACAGCCCCUGUUCUAGAACGCGGGCCAACCUGUGUUCUUCACGUGUCACAGUUGAAGGACUCUGAUGUCAUUCAUCAGACCAGAGCAACCUCCUGUCACCACGUGUCUUUCCACUGACACUAUUUGUGUUCAUCUUGGUUCUUUCAAAAAAACACAUCAUUACACAAGGCAUCACUUUUACUAAAAUCAUGUAAAAUGCUAAAUGUGAAGUGUCCCUUUAAAUACACGUCGUCAGGAAUCAGUAAUGACAUCUAAAGUCCUACUUUCCUGAAUUCUGUUUGUAAAUUUGUACAAACGUGGACUGAAUUUUCCACAGGCUGUGUUGCAAGCCUGUCUGAGGGGAGAUUCCCAACAGAGGUUAAUAUUGACUGAGAUAACACUGUUAGUCCUUCUGCAGUACUAACUAAGGGAUGACCUUUCACCUUCUUAAAUGCUGUGAUCCCAUUGGCUGUUAGACACCAAAUAAGAUAAAUGGCUAUGACCCCCAUGACUCAGAUACAUGGCAGUGAACGAGAAACCACACAACACAGGAAACACACACAAACAAAAAACACAAAGACAAACCCCAAAAAAAAAAAACAAACACAACAAACAACACAAACACACAAAACAAGACACAGACAAAAAAACACACACAAACACACAACACCAAAAAAGACACACACAGAAACAACAACACAAAAAACAACACAAACAACAACACACAAACAACACACAAAGACACACACACACACACACACAGAAAACCCAAGAAACACACACACACACACACAACACACACACACAGACAGAACACACACAAAAACAACACAACACACACACACACACACAGAAACACACACACACAACAAAAACACACACAAACAGACAAAACACACACACAACACAAACAACACACACACACAGACAGACAGACAGACACACACAAAACACACAACACAGACACACCACACCACACACACACACACACACAACCCCACAAACAGACAGACACACACACACACACAGAAAAGACACACACAACACACACACACACCAACACACACACACCAGACACACACAACACCAACACACACACAGAACCAACACACAACACAAAACCACCAACAGACAGAAGAAAAAAACACACAACCCACACACACACACCAGACACAAAACACACACACACACACACCACACACACACACACACCGACACAACAACACACACACACACAAAACAGACACAACACACACACAACACAAAACACACACACACACACACACACACAGACAGACACACAAAAACACAACACCAACACACACAACCACACACACACAGACAGAACAACACACACACACAGACACACACACACACACAAACACACACAAAGAAGACCACACACAUCACACAACACACACCACAACACACAGACAACACACACACAACACCACACACACACAAAAACACAAACAAAAAACACACACACACACACAAAACACACACACACACACAGAGACAGAACACACACACACACACACACAGACACAGGACACAGCACAGACAAGACAACAGACACAGACACACACACACACACACCACAACACAACACAGACACACACACACCACACACACACACACACACACAGACACACACACAGACACACACACACACACAGACACACACACACACAGACACACACAGACACACUCCCAGUUGUCCCCCUAGUGAGGUCUGUUUGCCACAGGAGUUUGGCUCUGUUCCCCACCACCUAUAUCCACUUCCUGGCUGGGAGGGUCUGGGCCCGGGAACACAAUGAGGACUGGUCACCUUCAGGUUCUCUCUCAGCCCCCUGCAAUGUUCCUGGGUCAUGUUCAUUAGGCACCAAACUGAAUAAACUACUUUGACCUCUCCAAUGAGAAAAGUUCAUUUUUUCGCUUUCUGUUGCAUAAUGUUUAAGAACGUUUUCCGUUGCAUUCCCUAUUGAACAACGACCCAGGUAUCUCUGGGAUACGUCUAGAGAGGGGGAUUGGAGAGUCAGGAAAUAGAAGAAUGGUAGUGUAUCGUUUGUUUAAGGGUUCACCUCUCUGCCGAUCUAUUCUGGUGUGUCUGUUAGAGACACAACACCCUGGAGAAAUCUGUUCUGCUAAUCUCUGUGUGUGUGUGUGUGUGUGUCUGUGUGUGUGUGUGUGUGUGUGUGUGUGUCUGUGUGUGUGUGUGUCUGUGUGUGUGUGUGUGUGUGUGUGUGUGUGUGUGUCUGUGUGUGUCUGUGUGUGUGUGUGUGUGUAUGUGUGUGUGUGUGUGUGUCUGUCUGUCUGUCUGUCUGUCUGUCUGUCUGUCUGUGUGUGUGUGUGUGUGUGUGUGUGUGUGUGUCUGUGUGUGUGUGUGUAGGAAUCGGUUGUGCUAAGCUGAGCUCUGCCAGCUGGAUGUACAGCACUGUGACGCUAAGCUGAGCUCUGCCAGCUGGAUGUACAGCACUGUGACGCUAAGCUGAGCUCUGCCAGCUGGAUGUACAGCACUGUGACGCUAAGCUGAGCUCUGCCAGCUGGAUGUACAGCACUGUGACGCUAAGCUGAGCUCUGCCAGCUGGAUGUACAGCACUGUGACGCUAAGCUGAGCUCUGCCAGCUGGAUGUACAGCACUGUGACGCUAAGCUGAGCUCUGCCAGCUGGAUGUACAGCACUGUGACGCUAAGCUGAGCUCUGCCAGCUGGAUGUACAGCACUGUGACGCUAAGCUGAGCUCUGCCAGCUGGAUGUACAGCACUGUGACGCUAAGCUGAGCUCUGCCAGCUGGAUGUACAGCACUGUGAAGCUAAGCAGUGGAAGCCCAACUAGCGAAGAGAGAGAUAUUAUCACUAUCGCACCUCUUUACACUUUCUCUGAUGUCUGGGACGUUUAGUUUUACGAGCGGAGGGAAGGAUGGGAGCUACAGACAUUGGUAGGAGGAUACUGUAGUGUUAACGGCUGAUUCUAAGUCAUGUUGGCAAUUGGACUUUGUUACUGUGAAUUUCAAACAAAACUGGGAGAUUUUCUAGCGUAGUGGUGGACUCUACGCGCUAUGGCUGAGGUCACUAUUAGUUAUAUACACGCCCCAGACAGUUUAUUGGUACACCCAUCUAGUACCGGCCAGGACAGCGGAGUCACUGACCCCCUUCCGGAGACACUUGAAACCCUACCUCUUUAAGGAAUACCUGGGAUAGCAUAAAAGUAAUCCUUCUACCCCCCCCCCCCCCCCCUACCCCACCCCCACAAAAAAAAAAAAAAAUUAUUAUUAUUAUUAUAAAAUAAUAUAAUAAUAAUAAUAAUAAUAAUAAUAAUAAAAAAAAAUUAAAAAAACAACAACAAAAAACAACAACAAUAUAUAUAUAUAAAGCAAUUGAAAAUUAAAAACAUACUCAAAAAAAAUAACAAUUGAAAAUUUGAUAUCAAAAAAUUACAAAAUAUUUUAAAAAUAUUUUAAAAAGAUUCAAAAAUACACAAAUAAAUAGAAAACUUGGAAAGUGGUUAUCCCACUGGCUAUAAGGUGAAUGCACCAAUUUGUAAAUCGCUCUGGAUAUGAGCGUCUGCUAAAUGACGUAAUGACACUCCUGAGUGGCGCAGUGGUCUAAGGCACUGCAUCGCAGUGCUAGCUGUGCCACUAGAGAUCCUGGUUCGAAUCCAGGCUCUGUCGUAGCAGGCUGCGACCGGGAGACCAUGGGGCGGCGCACAAGUCGUCCAGGGUAGGGGAGGGAAUGGCAGGCAGGGAAGUAGCUCAGUUGGUAGAGCAUGGCGUUUGCAACGCCAGGGUUGUGGGUUCGUUUCCCACGGGGGGCCAGUAUAAAUAAAUAAUGUAUGCACUCACUAACUGUAAGUCGCUCUGGAUAAGAGUGUCUGCUAAAUGACGUAAAAUGUAAAUGUAAUGUAAAUGUUAAAGAGUCUACGACUUUCAGAAUGAGACUGAUAUGAGGUAAAUGAUUAACAAAUGACUGUUAAAUGAUAAGAGAUAUCUAGAUGUCUUUAGAGUUAAUUCGGGAAACGGUAACUCGUUAAACAACUUUUCCCGUGGUGCCCCAAAUUCCUAAUGAGUUAAUUGUUACAUGAUUAAUUUAAUCUAGUAACAAUUAAACAUAGUAGGUGAUUAUUCGACAAAUAAUAGUCACCACAAUAAUGAGAGUCACGUCACGACACACCAUAUCUCUUUCAACUAUGCUGUGAUGUUUAACAUACAAUUUGAAUCUAUCUAAUCGAAUAGAAUCCACAGAUUGCGAGUUGAAGAGAAAUACUUUUACUAAAAGUAUUAGUAUAUUAGUAACUGACUGACCAGGUCUCUCCAGAACUCCCAACAAUGCUAUUUCUAGGGUCGAUUUUUGAUGAAAGUUUUGCUUUUUGAGCCAUUCUUAACCUAAAGAAGCACUCCGGGGGGCACCCAAAAAAGUUCACACUGAUGUACCCCAAAAUUUAAAUUUUGUUAAAUUUCACAAAAUUUUUUUAAAAAGAGAAAACUUUUUUUUAAAAAGUUUUUUAAUUAAACUCCCCCCCUUGUCUCCAAACCCCCAAAAAAUUUUUUCAGGAUUUUUUGAUUUUUUUUUGACCUUCCUCCCACCAAGUUUUUCCCAAACAGAAACUGCCGCCCGUUUUUUGGUUUUCCCCAUUAUAAAACUUUUUUUUUUCCCCAAAAUUCUUAAUUUUAUUAAAAAAAAACAAGUUUUUUCCCUUCUUUUUUUUUAAAUUAACCGGGUGCAAUAAAUUUUAAAAUAUGGGAUUCCCUUUCCCCGAUCCUCUCCCUCAAAACCAUUUGGGGUUUCGGGAAAAAGAAAAGCACUUUUUUUUCCAAAUUUCACCCGGCCCUUUAAACCAACUUGAACCCUGUCCUCCCCCUUUUUUCCGGUUCCCCCGGAAAGGCAAAACCCCCCCUCCGGUGGGGGUCCUUUCCCAGGACUAAAAAAAAAAACCUCUGUAGGGGGGCCCAGCAAAAAAAACCAAGGCCCCUUCUUUUUUUGGGCCACCCUUUUUUAGGGGGGGGGGCCUCUUCAAAUUAGGUUAACCCCUCUGUGGAGUAAAGAGGGCCCCCCCCUUUUCUUUUCCCAAGGGCCCUCCCCGGAAACCCGCCCGGGGUUUGCCUGUUCCAAGGCCCCUUCCCUAUUGGGGGCCUCUUUUGAAAAAACCCCCCUUUUCUUUUUUUCCCCCCCCCCUCUUGUGGCCAAGGGGGGAAAGGCCCUCUGUCCCCAAAAAGGGUGCCAGGGCCCUUGGGGGGGGCAGUGGGGCCCUCCCCGAAAGGAGGGAGAACCUGGGGCAGUGGGGCGGGUUUUUCUGGGGGCUAUGAGGGAGGCAAAAACCCCCUCUGGUGGGGCUAGUGGGGGGAGCGGGGCCCCUGGGGGGCUUGUGGGGGGCGACGGGGCCCUCGGGUGGGGGCUUUGGGAGGGAGACAAGCCCUCUGGUGGGGGCCCAGUUAGGGAGACGAGGCCCUCUGGGGGGGGCUUGUGGGAGAAGGGGCCCUCUGGUGGGGGCUAGUGUAGGGAGACAGACCCCUUUUUGGGGGGGGCUAGUGGGGGAACAGGGCCCCUGGGGGGGGCGUGUGGGGAGACGAGGCCCCUGGGUGGGGGCAAAAGGGGGGAGUCGGGUCCUCUGGUAAAGGCAAAUGGGGUGGGGGACGCCCGGGAUCACCCCAAAAGCUGUUUCCCCCAUAUUGACUCCUGCCCUUAAUGUGUGGGGAGAAGCAAAGGGUCAAGGUUCUAAUCUGGUUCUAAUCUGGUUCUAAUCUGGUUCUAAUCUGCUGACCAAAUAUGCACUCAGAUGAUCAACACAGAAACACUACCUUUACUCACGUUCUAAGACCAGGUUUCUGCCCAAAAAUCAAAAAAAACUUUUAAGAGUAUUCAAACCAUUUGGGUCUGAAUUAUCAUUUAAAACUGUCAUUUGCAUUAAGGGAAAUCCCAUUUCCCUACCUUGGUGUCUCUCAGAGGACGGAGAAGCUACUGGAGACUAUUGACCAGCUGUUCCUGGAGUUCUCUAAGAGGUCAGCUCCCUUUAACAACUGGAUGGAAGGAGCCAUGGAAGACCUGCAGGGCCUGUUCCCUAUUCCCUGGGUUAAACCAGGGAAGACAUGUUCAUAG